AUGUCCUUCCAGAGCCUCGUCCACCUGUCCCUGGACGGCCCCGUCCGUGCCCUCUGCGUGCUGGGUGUGGACAUCUGCUUGGAUCUCAGUGGGUGUGCCCCAGAGAAAUGCAAGUCAUUUACCAUCAGUGGCUCUCCGGGGGUCUUGGUUGACAUCCACAACACGUCCCCGUUAAUGACCAAGGAGGAGAUGGCCACGACCCGGUGGCCUCUGUCUGAUCCCAUGGAUGUCCUGGUGAAUAUGAUCUCCCCCAGCUCUGCCCCUGAUGGUGACAAGGUAAUGGUCUCCCUAGACGUGGACAUCUACCGCAGCGGGCAAGUCGAGGUGGCCAGUGACAAGGAGGCUAAGAAAAACUGGGUCUGGGGACCCAGUGGCUGGGGCGCCAUCCUGCUUGUGAACUGCAGCCCUACCGACAAGGGCCAGAGCAUGGACAAGAAGACCACGAAGGUGUUCUUUCCCGAGGAGAUCAAGAGUCUGUCCCAGAUGACCCUGAAUGUUCAAGGGCCCAGCUGCACUUUAAAGAAAUACCGGCUGGUUCUCCACACCUCCAAGGAAGAGGCAGAGAAGGCAAGAGUCUACCGGCCCCAAAAAGACAGCUCGAGCACCUUUGAGGUACUGCUGGGGCCUGGCCAGCACACCUACACCUUUGCCCCCCUCGAGAACCACCUGAAGGAAACCUUCUAUGUUGAAGCUGCGGAAUUCCCGUCUGCCGACUUCUCGGGCCUGAUUUCCUACUCCGUCUCCCUGGUGCAAGAAUCUCCAGACCCGUCCAUUCCAGAGACCCUGGUAUACAAAGACACCGUGGUAUUCCGGGUGGCCCCUUGCGUCUUCAUUCCCAGCACGCAGAUGCCUCUAGAGGUCUACCUGUGCAGAGAGCUGCAGGUCCAAGGUUUUGUGAACACAGGAUGGGAGUUGAUGAGAAGAGCUGUUGGGCACUUGCCCAUUUAGGACCCCAAUCGCCUGGGCAGGUGGCUCCAGGACGAGAUGGCCUUCUGUUACACCCAGGCUCCCCACAAGACGCUCUCCUUUGUCCUGGACACCCCUCGGGCCCUCACGCUGGAAGAUUUCCCCAUGAAAUACUCACUGAGCCCGGGGGUCGGUUACGUGAUCCAGUGCACCCAGGACCACAGGGUGGCCAGCAUGGAUUCCAUUGGGAACCUGAUGGUGUCCCCACCGGUCAAGGUGGGAGGGAAAGAAUACCCCCUAGGCAGGAUCCUCAUUGGCAGCUGCUUUUACCCCAGCAAGGAGGGCCGAGACAUGAGUAAGGCCCUCCGGGACUUCCUCUACGCCCAACGAGUCCAGGCCCCGGUGGAGCUCUUCUCGGAUUGGCUGAUGGUCGGCCACAUAGACGAGUUCAUGUGCUUUAUCCCCACACAGGACAAGAGUGAGGGCGAAAAGGGCUUCCGGCUGCUCCUGGCCAGCCCCAGCUCCUGCUACAGGCUGUUUGAGGAGAAACAGAGAGAGGGCUAUGGAGACGUGACUCUGUUUGAGGAGGUCAGAGAGGAUCAGCUCCUCUCCAACGGUAAGGAGAGCCCCUUGGCACUGGGGCAGAGGCCAGCUCCUUCUCUCCCAGGGGUCCUUCCCAGAGGGCCGGUUUUCUUCUGUUCCUCCUGCUUGAAAGAGCCUCAGGAAAGUGUAAAAGCCUAA